AUGAGUGAUAUAUAUCGUGCUCCACCGGCUGAACUCAUCGCUUCUAUCGGAGCAUUUUGCAAAGCGCACAAGAUUGGCGCUCGUCUAUGCGAAACUCGUUCUCCGGACCUUCUGCACGAAUUCAUCGAACUUGUCGGCACUGGUGAAGCCGUUAUGCAAUUACGAAACUCGAAUCAAUUGGUGAUGACGAUGACCCUGUCGAGUUUCUUCAAAUCGUCCCUACUU